AUCACACUGGUACUUUAAAUGAAACCAAACAUGAAGUCUAAUAUGUUAUCUACUUGCAACACAUGUGUGACGCACCCAGAUCCACACACACGCACGGAAGCGCACUGAACUGAGCAGGAAACCAUGUCAAAGAUACAAUACAAUACAAAGCACUGUUAUGAGGAAUCUACAGACUCUGAAUUUGUUGACGGUUGUGGCUCUGGUUUAUUCUGCAAGUUUGUCCACCAAAAUAAAUGACUCAAGUGUUCUUCGCCCUGUGCUGACUGGUUCGGACCUGGCCUACCUCAGCACAAGGGCGACUUUCUGGUGUAUUGCACCUGGCUCCUCUCCACCAGUUACCUAUGAGCUAAUGAGGGAUGAUGGUGUCCUGAUCGCCGCUGAGACAGAUUUCACAGGGGGCCAACAUGUACCAUUCUCCCUGAAAGUCACUGCAACACCAGACGUGUCCUACUACUGCAAGGCGACAGCAGGGGGGAGCACAGGAGUCAGCAACAGCAUCAAGCUGAGUGUAGUCACUCCACCAUCAAACACCAGAGUGACUUCUGAGCCCUCCCCCACUGACGUAUACGUGGGGUCGCACAUUGUAUUGAACUGCAAUGUCACAAAGGGCUCCCACCUUUCCUACACCUGGUUUUUCAACAGAACGGAAGUAACAUCUUCAACGUUCUCCUCCCUCCACCUCUCUGGGAACACGUUAGUGCUGGGAAAGGUGACUCCAGAACAUGCUGGGUACUAUUCUUGCAUGGCUUGGUCCAGGGUGCAGGACAUCAAGAGGUUUUCAAGUAGCUCAGAGGUCCAAGUGACAGUCAAAGUCUACGUUUCAAAACCAAGGAUCUCCUUCUCCUUCUCCAAUGAGGGCGAUGGUUACCGCGGCAAUGUGACCUGCUGGUCAACAAGAGGGAGUCCUCCGGUCAACUUCUCUCUUUUAUUAGAUGACAAGGAAGCGGGCUCUGUCACAACAACUGAAUCCCUCACUGCCUGGUUCCCUGUCGCCUUUGUGCCAGGGCUGGACAUGGGCACAGCUCAAUGUAGGGUCAAGAAUGAUGUGCAGGAGUUGAUGAGUGAGCCCGUGACGCUGGUUGUGGUCCCAGUUGGAGGCGAAGUGAAGGUGGAGGUUGAAUAUCUCUACAGAGCUGACUCCAAACUGGCUGCAGCCAGGCUGCACUGUUUAGUCAGCAGAGGAACUUUUCCUUACGUCUCCUGGCUCUUGAACGGCUCCAUCCUUCCUUCUCAGACACAUGAGGACUCCUUUAUUCUGCCUGCCCAUGACCUGUCUCACUAUGCCAUAGCUGACCAUAGACAAAUCAUCUUUCUGGCCAAGCUGGGCCCAAAGGAGACUGGGUAUUACCACUGCAGGGCCAGAGACAGCUACAAUGACUCUGGGCCAUGGGUGGAGAGUGCAGCUGUGCUGGUCCCAGUCACAGGGAUUCUCAUGAACAUCAUGAACACCACAGAAAUCGUUACCAUAUGGUUCUGCUGCUUCCUGUUUCUGAUGUUGGUAGUGAGUGUAGGCUGCUUUUGCAAGAUGUUUGACCACAACCAAGCUCACACCCACAGUGCUGUGACAAAUCCCAGUUCUGUUCCACUUCCUCUGUCUCCACUUGUGUCCCAGUCAGGAGGCGAGCAGGCUGAUACUUCCUGUACAGACUGUGAUGUUCAGAAUCAGACAGUGGAGAUCACAGUAUGACGGAGGAGGAACCUGCACCUCUCAUCAAGCUUUCAUCAUUUCAUUUCAAAUCUGCAGCAACUUCUUUUGUUGUUCUGGUGGUGCAGUUACGACUUUUCCUGAGCUGCCAAGCUGCUUUUAGAGACUGGUGGAACAUUCAGUUAAAAGAGUGGAAGAUUAUGUUUUUUGACAAAAUUGAUGUAUAAGAUGUCGUGUCAUAUUUUCUUGUUUUGUUUUGUUUUGUUUUGUUGCAAAUAAAAAAGGUCUUGUUGUUGCUUGAUUACACCUUCA